AUGGCCUGCCGCUCCUGCGUGGUGGGCUUCAGCAGCCUGAGCAGCUGUGAGGUGGCGCCAGCGGGCGGCCCCCGGCCUGGCACCUCGGAAUGGGGCAGCUGCGAAGCCCCCGGGCUGGGCUUCAGCUCGCGCAGCCUCACCGGCUGCUGGUCCGCUGGCGCCAUCCCCAAGGUGACGGUGAACCCCAGCCUGCUGGUGCCCCUGGACUUCAAGGUGGACCCGGCCAUCCAGCAGCAGAAGAACCAAGAGAAGGAGGAGAUGAAGGUCCUCAACGAUAAGUUCGCCUCCCUGAUCGGCAAGGUGCAGGCCCUGGAGCAGCGCAACCAGCUGCUGGAGACGCGCUGGAGCUUCCUGCAGAGCCAGGGCACCGCGGCCUUCGACCUCGGGCACCUGUACCAGAAGUACGAGGGCCGGCUGCAGGACGAGCUGCGCGCCGUGAGCCAGGAGCGGGGCCAGCUGGAGGCCAACCUGCUGCAGAUGCUGGAGAAGGUGGAGGAGUCCCGGAUCAGGUAUGAAGAGGAGAUCUCCAAGCGCACAGACAUGGAGUUUACCUUCGUCCAGCUGAAGAAGGACCUGGACACGGAGUGUCUUCGACGGACCGAACUGGAGACCAAGCUGAAAAGCCUGCAGAGCUUCGUGGACCUGAUGAAAACCGUCUAUGAGCAGGAGCUGAAGGACCUGGCAGCCCAAGUGAAGGACAUGUCUGUGACCGUGGGCAUGGACAGGCGCUGCCACAUCGACCUGAGCGGCAUCGUGGAGGAGGUGAAGGCCCAGUAUGACGCCAUCGCGGCUCGCAGCCAGGAGGAGGCGGAGGCGUACUCCCGCAGGCAGCUGGAGGAGCGGGCCGCCUGCUCAGCCGAGUUUGGGAACAGCCUUCAGAGCAGCCGCAGCGAGAUUGCUGACCUCAAUGUGCGCAUCCAGAAGCUCCGGUCCCAGAUCCUCUCCGUCAAGAGCCACUGCCUGAAACUGGAGGAGAACAUCAAGGAGGCGGAGGAGCAGGGGGAGCUGGCCUUCCAGGACGCCAAGGCCAAGCUGGCCCAGCUGGAGGAGGCCCUGCAGCAGGCCAAGAAGGACAUGGCGCGGCAGCUGCGCGAGUACCAGGAGCUCAUGAACACCAAGCUGGCCCUGGACAUCGAGAUCGCCACCUACCGCAAGCUGGUGGAGGGCGAGGAGAGCAGGAUGGACCUGGCUCCGGCCGCUGUGGUCAGCACUGUGCAGUCCAGACCCAGGACGGUGGCGGCCUGCAAGGCCCACCUGGCCAGAGCCCCCUUCCGGAGGAAGAAGAAAGGCAGCGGCCCCGUGAUCAAAAUCACCGAGAUGUCCGAGAAGCGCCUCCUGCAGGAGUCCGAGGCCUCGGCGUGA